AUGAGCAACGCGUCCAAGAAGCCAUCAACAAGAGAGCGCUGCCUGCAGCCGUCCCUGCAAGUGCAAAGAAGUCGAGACUUGGGCCCUCCCCUUCAUUCAGAGCCUCAGCUGCACCCACAAGUGCGAGCAGGUUUAAGAGCAUCUGAAGCGCUGGUUGAGGGAGGAGAGAACGCUGGUGGUCAUAUUGGUGUGGUGGCAAACCGAGGACUGAAGCGCAAGGCUGGAGCUGAUGGUCCUGGUGGUAUACCACCGCUGCAUGCCAUGGCUCCUGCAUCGAAACGCAAGCCCCUUGCUGUGAUUGACAACAUACAGUCCGCUGCACAAGGCGAUGCAGUGCCAGGAAAGUUUCUCCUCCGGAGUGCGUCUGGCAGGAAGGUGAACGAGUCAGCUGUUGCGGUUGCAGGCGUGAUGAAGCUGUUUGGGGAGGAUGGAGAAGAAUGGCAGCAGCAGGGAGAGCAGGGGAUGAAAGGGCCGCAAGGACAGCAGGAGCAGCAGGGAAUGGAUGGGCAGCAGGGGAUUCAAGGGCAACAGGAUAUGCUAGGAGCAGGAGAGAAGCAGGGGAGUCGAGGAUGCAUGGCUAUAGUGCCAGUGACAGAUGAGCCAACGGCUGUAGCUCUCACCACCGCAUUGAACCCAUCUCCCUUGUCACUGCCACCAGAACCUCCGCCACCACCACCACAUACAGGUGCAGCUCUCAUAACCACCGCGCAAAACCCAUCUCCAUUAUCAAUGCUACCACUACAACCACCACCACGACCUCCUGCUGGUUCAGCAAGCUUGUUCCAAACAGCCCGGGGAAAGCCGGUCCCUCUGUCUUCAGCUGCUGUGGACAAGGCGUGUGCCCUGCUGGGCGUGCAACAGCACGAGAGGCCACACUUUGAUGAUGGGGCUAAUCUGGGGGCCGGUAGUACAGAAGGAUCGACUGUUGGGGCGGGCCUGUUUCAAACAGCUUCAAACAAGCCGGUGCGCUUGUCUUCAGCUGCUGUGGACAAGGCGUGUGCUCUGCUGGGCGUGCAGCAGCAUGAGAGACCACGGUUUGACGCCCCUCGCAUCACACCGCCCAUACACAAGCCUGCAGCUCUGUUGAACGCUCAAGGGCACGCAGGGUCUCAAUUCAACGUGCCUCGAAUCAUGCCGCUCACACAUGGGUCCUCAGCACUCCCGGUCGCUCAAGGGCAUGAGAGGCAGAGCUCUCAUGCGCCUGCAGCAAUGGAGCUUUCAGUGCGGAACUCAGCAGCAGAGCUGACAGUAGUGGCACAACCAGAUGCCGGAGCUGGUUUGGGGAGAGCUAAUCGGGGGGAAGCGACUGUAGGGGCGGGUCUGUUCCAAACCGCCCGGGGCAAGCCGGUUUCUGUGUCUUCAGCUGCUGUGGACAAGGCGUGUGCUCUGCUGGGCGUGCAGCAGUACAAGGGACCACAGUUUGUCGCACCUCAUAUCACACCGCCUACACACAAGCCUGCAGCACUCCCGGACGCUCAAGGGCAUGAGAGACAGAGCUCUCAUGUGCCUUCACCAAUGGAGCUUGCAGUGCGGAACUCAGAAGCAGAACUGGCAGUAAUGGCGCAGCCAGAUGGCGGAGCUAGAUUGGGAGGGGCUAGUCGAGGGGGAGCGACUGUAAAGGCAGGUUUGUUCCAAACAGCUCGGGGUGAGCCGGUUUCUGUGUCUUCAGCUGCUGUGGACAAGGCGUGUGCGCUACUGGGCGUGCAGCAGGGGCCGCCAGCACUGCUGGACGCUCAAGGGCAUGAGAGGCAGAGCUCUCAUGUGCCAGAAGGAAUGGAACUUUCAGUGCGGAACCCAGGGGCAGAACCGGCAGUAGUGGCGCAGCCAGAUGGUGGAGCUGGAGUGGGAGGGGCUAGUCCGGGGGGGGCAACUGUGCGAGCGGGUUUAUUUCAAACUGGCCGAGGCAAGCCGGUUUCUUUAUCUUCAGCUGCCGUGGACAAGGCGUGUGCUCUGCUGGGCGUGCAGCAGUAUAAGGGUCCUCCACAGUUAGAAUCACCCAGGAUCAGUGAAGAACCAGCAGUGCUUCGGCUGAAGGGCGCAGGAGCAGAGCAGACGAGUGCGGCGCAGGCAGAUGGUGGAGCUGGUACAGGCGCAGCGACUAUAGGGGCGGGUUUGUUCCAAACUGCCCGGGGCAAGCCAGUGCAUGUAUCUUCAGCUGCUGUGGACAAGGCAUGUGCUCUGCUGGGCGUGCAGCACUACAAGGGUCCUCCACAGUUAGAAGAACCCAGGGUCAGUGACGAACCAGCAGUGCUUCGGCUGGAGGGUGCAGGCGCAGAGCAGACGAGAGCGGCGCAGCCAGAUAGUGGAGUCAGUCGGGGGGGAGCAACUGUACGGACAACUUUGUUUCGAACCGCUUCAGAGAAGCCGGUUUCAUUAUCUUCAGCUGCUGUGGACAAGGCGUGUGCUCUGCUGGACGUGCAGCAGCAUCAGAGGCCGCGGUUUGAAGGUAGUGCCAGUCUGGGAGGAGCGACUGUCCGAACAGCGGGUCUGUUUCAAACCGCUUCAAGGAAGCCGGUGCACAUAUCUUCAGCUGCUGUGGACAAGGCGUGUGCUCUUUUUGGAGUGCAGCAGCGUGAAAGGCCACAGGUUGAAGGUAGUGCCAGUGUGGGAGGAGUGACUGUAAGAACAGCGGGUCUGUUCCAAACCGCUUCAAAGAAGCCUGUCGUUUUGUCUUCAGCUGCAGUGGACAAGGCAUGUGCUUUUCUGGGCUUGCAGCAGCAUGAGAGGCCACGGUUUGAAGCUCCCAGGUUCACACCUUCUGGAAUCACCGCACUACACCGUCCCCAACCUGGUGCGAUCCAACCACCUCCACAUGCUCCCCUCGCCCUGCCUGCUCCUUCUGCCCCGCCUGCUCCUCUCGCGCUACCUGCUCCCGAUGCAGUUGAAGAACCUGCUCAUCGUCCCCCUUCCCCUCCUUCAUGGCCCCUCGCCCUCACCCAAACCUCAUCACAAGGUGCGGCCGAGCCUGCGGUGGAGGCUCGGGCAGCUCUUGCCAGGGCAGAGGAAAUGGUUGCGAGCCUGUUUGACCUGGGGACAGGGGGGAGUGGAGGUGGAGAUGGGAGGAAUGGGGAGGGGAGUAAAAGCGAUGGUAGUGGGAGUGGGAGGGAUGGUGGUGGUAGUGGAAGGGGUGGUGGUGGGAGUGGCGAGGGCGGUGGAACGGGGGAGGGAGGUGGAGCUUCCCCACACACUCCCUCACUCGCCCAACCACCUCCCCUCCGUUCAUCCCCUCCCCUUCUCUCCACCACUCCCCUCCACCCCUGUCCUCCUCUCCACCACUCCUCUCCGUUGCACCGAUCACGCAACCCUUCGUACCCCUCCAACUCUCCUCUCCACCCUUCUCAUAAUCCCCUCCACUCCUCUCCCAAUCGACUCCACAACGCUCCCCUCCACACCUCUCCCACCCCUCUUCACCGCGUUGGCACCCCUCUCCGCCGCCCCUUAACUCCUCUAAACCGUUCUCCGUCCACCUCGCCAUCCCCACGGCGGCCGUUCAUCCCGCCCACCUCCACCAUUCCAACCCUAUUCUCCAAGCACCGCCCACCUCGCUCCCGCUCCGCUGGCCUUCCCCCCAUCCCCAUGCGCUCACUCACUGAUGCCACUGAUGCACCAACUCUUGGUGUCAGCCAGAGAGCAGCAGAGGGACGUAUGGCUGCUGACAAUGAUGCAGUAGGUUUAGUAGAUCCAGCAGAUAGGGGGGCUAAUAUGGCAGCUGCAGCAGGUGAUGAAGGAGGCGCAGCAUAUGCAGCAGGCGAUGCCAGUGCAGCAGACCAUGCCAGUGCAGCAGGCGAUGCCAGUGCAGCAGACGAUGCCAGUGCAGCAGACGAUGCCAGUGCAGCAGACGCUGCAGCAGGUGCAGUAGAUUUAGCAGGGUUGUGCACUGGCGAAAGACAAGAGCAUGCAGCAGCCACGACCACGGAGGAUGAGUGCGUCAUCCGAAACGAUCUUAUAGCAGCAGCAUCAGCAUCACCAGCAGAGGCAGCAGCGGAGGGAUCUGCAGCAAAGGAAGGAGGAAGAUGGGCAUCUGCACGAAAAGGGGAAGGCCAGGCUACUCUGACAGUUCUUGGUGCUCGAGAUGGUGGGGAGAGGGCGAAUGUUGGGGCUAAGGAGUUUAGGGACAUGCUGAUUGCAGCAGGCGCCCGGCGCAAGUUUGCCACACAAGAGUGGGUGACGAACCACUACCACUGGGUGGUGUUGAAGCUGGCCUGUCAGGAGCGCAGCUUGCGUGUCCAACAUAAAACCUCCUUCCUGCCCCUCUCCCUUUUAACCCCUCCCUUCUCCCUCAACCGCCCUUCACAGGUGGGUGUCGAACGACUACCGCUGGCUGGUGUGGAAGCUGGCCUGUGGGUGUCAAACCACUAUCGCUGGGUGGUGUGGAAACUCGCUUGUCAGGAGCGCAGCUUCCCCCGUCGCCUUGCAGGAAGGAUGCUGACUGUGGAGAGAGUGCUGGAGCAGCUCAAGUACAGGUACGAGAGGGAGGUGAAUGAAGGCAAGCGGUCGGCUCUGAAGAAGGUGUGCGAGCGGGACGCUGCUGCUGGCAGCCCCAUGGUACUGGCUGCCUGCUCGCCUCAUUUUUUAGUCGACUCAUACCCCCACUUUCCCCACAUGCGUCCCUCUUCAUCCAGGUAUUGGCUGCCUGCUCGCCUCGAUGCUCCCCUCACAGACCUUCUGAAUCGCGGUCGGCUCUUUGUUGGCCAGAAGAUACGGGUGUGUGGGGCGGUGCUGAAUGGCUGCAUGGAAGGCCUCCCUCCCCUCGAGGCGUGCACAGCAGCAACGCUCGCCCUUCACUUCAACGGCACCUUCCCAGCUCACUGGUCCACCAAGCUGGGCUUCUAUUUUCCACCCUUUCUGUCUCCCUGCUGCUCUCUAUCUAUUCCUCUUCGCUCCUCCCUCCCCCUCCUCAUCUCCCCAUGUGCUUCCCCUCAUCCCUCUGCUCUUCUCCCUCUGCCCUCCCCCGCUACAGGCCGACAGAAGCCGCCUGUCCCAAUGGCACUGCGCAGGGUGCGGGAGGACGGGGGAGCUAUCCCCCUUACGUGUGUGGCCAUUGCACGGGUCUAUCCUACAAUGUACUGGGAGAAGAACACCGCAAGGAAAGCUGAUGCGGAUGCUGCUGCUGCUGCUGCUGUUGUGCCCGGUGCACUGAUGCUGUCACAGGAGAGGCGGAGGGCAGCAGUGCAGGAGGCAGUGGAUGACGCAUUGACAGCUGAAGAGAAGCGGAGGGCGGCAGUGCAGGAGGCGGUAGAUGACGCAUUGGCAGAUGAAGGGUUGAAGGAACGGGACGUGUGCCCUGUGGUGAAAGUGCGAGUGGUGGGACUCACUGGGAAGCGAUCCAGGGAGGAGAGGGAGGAGGGGACAGGAGAUGACGAGGAGGGGGAGUGGAGCAAGAGGGUGCGGCAAGGGGAAGGGAUUAUCAGCAUUUGGCGACCCAGUGACGAGCAGCUGCUGCAGGAGCUGGUGGAGGGCGGGGUGUACCUGGUGGAGGGCGGGGUGUACCUGGUGGUGGGCGGGGUGUACCUGGUGGAGGGCGGGGUGUACCUGGUGGAGGGCGGGGUGUACCUGGUGGAGGGCGGGGUGUACCUGGUGGAGGGCGGGGUGUACCUGGUGGAGGGCAGGGUGUACCUGGUGGUGGCCGGGGUGUACCUGGUGGCGGGCCUUCAGCCGUCUCUGCAAGAGCUGGUGGAAGGAGGCGUGUAUCUGGUGGCGGGCCUUCAGCCGUCCGCCACGCGGCGUGAUGCAAUUGGUCCGCUGCUCUCCCUCAACGCCAGCCGGUCAACCAGCUUCUCUUUCCCCCCUCGUCAGUGGACCCCCCUCGCCUCGUUGCCUGCCACUCCCCCGGGCAGGGAGGUGGACGUGGUGGCACUGGUGCUGGCCGUGGGGCAGCCGCGUGCCGUGGGGGCGUGGCAGACGGGGCAGUGGCUUCUGCUGCUUGAUGGCUCGGGGGAGAGAGAGCAUU